UUGGACGAGUCCCCAAGCUAGCAUUCCUCAGUCAAUGUCCAACGUCAGCGGUCAAUCAAUCAGCCGGGGGGAAACAGGCCCCGUUUAUUGUUUAUUGCACGGCUGAUGAGGAUCCUCGGUGUGAUCGACCGAGCAUCUCCCCAUCCUGGCCGAUCAAGGCGCGCUGAGCCGUGGCGAGAUGGCCGCAAGAUGAAAGGGCAAUGCCUAACGAGUCCCGACGUCGCAUCCAUACUGGGUGGUGAGACAUGGCCGCCAGAGACCCGCCAGACCGCAUCCUCAAGGGCAUGCAUCGCCCGCCCAACAAGGCGCAUGCGCAUCCUUCGAAUCCUGGAGGUGAAAAUGAAAGGAUCACGGAGGGCCGGUCUGGUCAAUCUAGCUCCUUCAACAAGUGCAAAGGGUGCACCUGUUUGCACCUGUUUGACGCAUGCCGUCUGCGCUGGUGAGGUUGUGCACCUCUAUGUGAGACGCUCGCAGGGCUCGUCCCCGUUUCGCCUUUACUGCGCUGCGCUGCGCUCCCGGACCGUCCGCAUAGCUUCAUCCCUGCCGGGCACCUUGACGUCAGCCAGAAAAGCUGCCGUUUCCCCCACCCAACACGAACCCGCGAAGUUAGGAUCACCUUGAUCGCCGAGGACCUCGCUUUGAUCUUCUGCUGCUGCCCGUCUGUCCCUCUUUUGUUCUUGUUUUAGUUCAAGCUGGCAUUGAACCUUCCGCUCCUUACUCUGUUUCUGUUUCUGUUUCUUGUCUUGUC